AUGUUCCCAGGAGCCUGGCUGUGCUGGGCCUCACUCCUGCUCCUGGCCAGGCCCACCCAGCCUUGCCCUAUGGGCUGUGACUGCUUCGACAGAGAGGUAUUCUGCUCAGACAAGCAGCUGGUCACCAUCCCACUGGACAUCCCCUCACAUGUCACAGACAUUGUCUUUGUGGAGACUGCCUUCACCACGGUGGGGACCAGAGCUUUCAGCGGCAGCCGCAACCUGACCAAGGUGGUCUUCCUCAACACUCGGGUCCGCCACCUGGAGCCCGAUGCCUUUGGGGGGCUGCCCUGGCUGGAGGACCUGGAGAUCACUGGCAGCCCCUUCUCCAACCUCAGUGCUGACGUCUUUUCUAACCUGGGCUCCCUGGAGAAGCUCACCUUGGACUUCGACAGGCUGGUGGCUCUGCCUGAGGACCUCUUCCAUCACAUGGACAACCUGGAGUCCCUUCAGCUUCAGGGAAACCAGCUCCAGACCCUGCCCGGGAGACUACUCCAGUCCCUGAGGUCUCUAAGAAUCCUCAACCUGGAGCAGAACCUUCUGAGCAAGCUCCCCGAGGGGCUGUUCCAGUCACUCAUCAGCCUGCAGACACUGAAGCUGAGUAACAACAUGUUUACCAGGCUCCCCGAGGGCUUGCUGGGCGAUCUGGGCAGCCUGCAGGAGCUCUUUCUGGACAGCAAUGCCAUCGCGGAGCUGUCCCCACACGUGUUCUCACAGCUUUUCAGCCUGGAGAAGCUCUGGUUGCAGCACAAUGCCAUCAGCCAGCUGCCGGUCUUGGUCUUCUCCUCCUUGCACAACCUGACCUUUCUAAACAUGCAGGGCAAUGCGCUGCAGACCCUGCCUGCCGAUCUCUUCGCCCACAACCCAGGGCUGCUUCACCUGUCCCUGUCCUACAACCAGCUGGAGACCAUCGCCGAGGGGACCUUUGCCAACCUGUCCCGCCUCGCUUCCCUCACGCUCGCGCACAAUGCCAUCACCCACCUCCCCCGGGAUGUCUUCAGGGACCUCAGGCGGCUGGUCAAGCUCUUUCUGAACAGCAACAACUUGACGGCCUUGCACCCAGCCCUCUUUCAGAACCUGUCCAGGCUUGAGGUGCUCAACUUGUCUAAGAAUCAGCUGACCGUGCUCCCCGAGGGCAUCUUCGACACCAACUAUGACCUCUUCAACCUGGCCUUGUUCGGCAACCCCUGGCAGUGUGACUGUCACCUAGCCUACCUGGCCAGCUGGCUCCGCCUCUACAGUGACCAGCUCUUCAACACCCAUACCUACUGCGCAGGCCCAGCCUACCUCAAGGGCCAGUUGGUGCCCAGCUUGAAACAGGAGCAGCUAGUGUGCUCUGUCAUCCCGGGCCACUUGGGCUUCCCAGGCCUGGGGGCGCUGGGUGGCAGGGAGCCAUUGGGCAGUUGGGAUCUGGCAGUGGAGGGGAGGGCAGCCCACAGUCAGUGUACCUACAGCAACCCCGAGGGCACCGUGGUGCUUGCCUGUCAGGAGGCCCAGUGUCGCUGGCUGAGUAUUCAGUUGUCUUCCAGGGAAGGCUCAGACUCCCCGGCAAUGGCCUACAACUCCAGUCAGGAGUGGGAGUUGAGGUCAACCUGCGGCUCCAUGAGAGUCACUGUGACUAUCGAGGCUCAGGCUGCUGGGCCCUAGGUGCAGCAAAGAGAAGCAUGGACAAAAGGGUGACUUUGGGGGGCAGAGGGAGCUGAGUGUCCGAAGCUAAGAUAAGGGACAUGGCCACAUCUCCAGAGUAGGGAAGAGUGAGGCCUGCUUCAUAUAGCAUCUCCUCAUCUUUCCUCAUCAUGCCCUCUUGGAGCCUGUGGCCCAACAAGGUCAUCCUCAAACCUAGAGUCGUGGUUCUCAACCUUCCUAAUGCUGUAACCCUUUAGUACAGUUCCUCAUAUUGUGGUGACCCCCUCCAACCAUACAAUUAUUCUUGUUGCUACUUCACAACUGUAAUUUUGCUACUGUGAUGAAUCAUAAGUGUAAAUAUAUCUUGGAGAUGGAGGGUUGUCAAAGGGGUCAUGACCCACAGGUUGAGAACCACUGGUCUAGAGCCUAAACCAUCCCCAGCCAUAGCGUUUUCCUAUUCUCUAACCCCACCCCACUCCCUGCCCUGAGCUCUAGCCUUGAGGUAUGCUCAACACUAUUGGAGUUACACAAAGAAGAGGCCACAUCCCUUUGAUAGAUCAAAAGCCAUCUGUCUGUUCUCACUUCUCACCCCCAAUUUUGUUUUCGAUGGGUAGAGAGGAAAGGGAUAUUAGAGGAGCUGGAGUGACCAGAAAAGGGCAGGACAGGGUUGUGUGGGGAGAUGGCACUGUCCUGGCCACCUCUCAAGCUGCAUCCAGGAGGAGUCAAGGCAAGAUGGCGCCUUAGGCGGGCAGAGCCGGCCUGCUUGGCUCUCAGGAAGGCAGUGUGGCUUUCCCUGUUCAGCAUACAAGAUGGCCAUUUGUUGUGGAUAUUGCUCUGUAUGCUGUGAAUGUGUUGCUCUGAUUGGGUUGAUAAGUGAAAUGCUGAUUGGCCAGUAGCCAGGCAGGAAGUAUAGUAUAGGCAGGAUACGCAGAGAGGAGAAUGCUGGGAACAGGAAGGCUGAGACAGAAGACACUGCCAGCCACCACCAUGAGAAGCAAGAUAUAAAGAUACCAGUAAGCCACCAGCCACGUGGCAAGGUAUAGAUUUAUAAAAAUGGGUUAACUGAAGAUGUAAGAUCUAGCUAGCAAGAAGCCUGAGCCAUUAGGCCAUACAGUUUGUAAUUAAUAUAAGCCUCUGUGUAUUUAUUUGGGUCUGAGCGGCUACGGGCCCGGGCAGGACUGGAGAAAACUUCAGCUACAGCCAUUCCCUGAGGAGCGGGCAGAGGGGAGCUGGUGGAUCGGGGUAGCUGCUUUGUAACGAGGCUUUCAGGGCAUCUGACUCUGAGCUGCUCAUCCACUGAACGGCUCUCCUCAGGCUUCUAAGACGUCUCCACUGUCCCAUCUCGUGGUGUCUCUCAGCUCAGAGGACAAAGUCCUCAGCACUGGUGACCUCACUUCUCCAUCUUAGGCUCAGCACUUCUCAGCUGCACGCCACCCUCUACAAGGUUAGCCACAGCACAUCUCAACUGUGUCCCCACCAACUCCAGAUUCCCAUUCAGCAGAAGGGCCAGCCCAGAACUUAGGAGCUUGCCCUAAGGAACAUUGACCAAACUAACCCAACCUGGGGGAGGAAAGGGUUUUAUUUGGCUUAUGAGUUCAUAUCAUAGUCCAUCAUAGUAGGAAGUCAGGGCAGGAACUCAAGGCAGGAACCGUAGAGGAGCACUGUUUACUGCUUGCUUUCAUGUUCAGCUACCUUUCUUAGACUUCACAGGGCCACCUGCCCAGGGGGUGGUACUGUCCACAGUGGCCUGGGCCCUUCCCAUGUCAGUCAAUCAUCACUCAAGAAAAAGCCCCACAGCUGGGCAUGGUGGUGCACACCUUUAAUACAAACAUCCAGGAGACAAGCAAGUGGAUCUCUGUGAGUUCAAAGCCAGUCUUGUCUACAUAGAGAUUUCCAGACCAGUCAGAGCUACACAGUGAGACUCUGACUCACCAAUAAAAAUAAAUAAAUAUAAAUAUAAUAAUAAUAAUAAUAAUAAUAAUAAUAAUAAUAAUAAUAAUAAUAAGGCCCCAAAGACUUGCCUAUAGACCAAUCUGAUAGAGGCCUUUUCUCAACUGAGGUUUCCUUUCUAGAUGACCCUAGCUUGUCCAAGUUAACAAAACUAACCAGCAUAGGAGGCCUGUGGAUCCUUUAGAAAACCAUAGGCUGAGCAGAAUGGGAGCUGAGUUCUGGAGACAUUAGAGCAGGGGAGCCAGGGCCCUGGAGGUGGGAGAGUGGGUAAUGAAGAAGAGUGGGUGAUGAAGGCCAAUGCUUAGAGCCCAGAGGAGCCUCUGGGCCUCCUGGGGCUCUGGGGUAUGAUGUAGUGGUAAGGAGUCUGGGAACAGACCCUAGGCCCUCUGCAAAAACAGAAGCAUUCUUAACUGCUGAGCCAUCUCUCCAGCCCCCUUUGAGGAAUCCACCCUUCUUCUUCCCAGCAUUCUUAGUUUGGCUCUCCCUCCUAACCUUAUCCUGUUCUGCUAUUGGCCAGUCAGCUUCUUUGUUAAACCAAUCAUAGCAACAUAUAUUCACACAGUAUAAAGGAAUAUUCCACAUUUCCCUCCUUUUUGUCUAAUUAAAAAGGAAGGUUUUAACUUUAAUGUAGUAAAAUUAUAUACAACCAAAACAGUUAUCAAGUAAGAAUUACAGUUACAAUCUCUAGUCCAUUUGUAUUUGGCAAAAUUAGAGAAAAUAUUCCAUUAUCCAUUUUAUCUUUGUGACUCUAAAGUUUUAUACCUACUUUACCUUUUAUCAUAACUAAAGAAAACUUUAGUGAUGACUACCUAGUCUUCAACUCUGUCAAAGACCCCAGAAGGGUGAAAUAUUACCUAACAACAGGGACAUUUGCCUGGACAGUCACCCAAAGUUAUUCUGUAACGUUGGGAGAGCCAACUUUGGCCUACAGACCUAGUAUAUUGACAGACAAUUUUGAGAAGCAGGGAAUUUCGAAGGACUGUCCUACCUUGUCUUGGCAAAGUUUGGCAGUUGCUGUUUUUGUGUCCUGUUGGUCCAGUUUGGACAGCAUACUGUCAGCAACUGAAGCAAGGGCAGUUCCUUUGCCCAAAUGGCUAGCUUUUGCCAUAAAGAAUACAAACUCCAUACGGAGUUCUUUGAUGCCCAUCAUCUUCUCUGAAGUAGGUUGAUGCUGUCAGGAGCAGAUGUGUCUCACUGUCAUGAAAAGCCUUAUGUUAUUAAAACAUUUUAAAUGCCAUAUUCUGUAGGUCUUUGAAGUGUUUGAAGACCAUAUAUCCAUCUAAAUAUAUCUGUUUAAACUUGAAAACAUACGUAACAUGACUACAAGUUUGAAUGUAAUAGAUGACUAACUACUAACCUGCAUUUCCUUUUAUUAUCCUAAAUAGUUUGUAAUAAUAACUUUCAAGGACUAGAAAUUUACAUUACAUUGUUAAAUGAGCUGUAUAGGUACAUACCUUAAACAAGAGUAGAAACAUAUGUACAAUAUGUUCUAAAAAACCCUUAAAUUUGUAUCAAUAUGCAAAAAUAUCUUAAACAAGAGUAGAAAUAUAUAUAUAGUAUAACAAAAUAACCUCAAAUUUGUAUCAAUAUACAAAAAUCCAUACCUAUGUAAAAUAUUUUAGACUAGUAGUUGCUUUUAUGGUUUAAAAAUAUAUUCAUUAAUUCACCUUUUUAUCUUAUUACUUCUAUAUCCCCUCCUUUUCUUUUUAGAAUGAGAUCUAAUCUCCUUUGUUUAGACCAUUAUCAAUAACAACUUGUAACCAAUCCCCCUUAAAUGAUAAUAAACAUCCAUAACCCAUCUUUUGAGAAUAUGGAUGUCAUUCUCUAGACUACUUCUUGUUGUUUGGGGGCAUUGUCAUCUUUGGGAGAACCUUGAGAAAAUCAGGAUAAUUGUUACGUCUUGGCUGGAGUAUUCUGUGAGGCUGGAUCAUCUCAGCAGCCUUGAAGCUGUUUUGGAUGCUGGAUUACCUGGCCGUCUGUUUUCACUGAUGUCUGGUCUCCUUGCUCUGAAAAUAUACAAACUUUUAAAGGUAACAUACAUAUCUACAUUAAUACAAUUAUACAGUGUGUAUUGUACAUAAGUCAGCCAAAGAUGAUUUUUUGAGCAGGUAAAAUAUACACCAUCUGUCUUGUAGUUCUUCCAGGUUAAUUUCUUUAUGUUUGUAGCCAGGAUUUUCAGGGGGUCUUCCCCGAUUAAACCUGAUCAUCUUUAACUUUGAGUGAAUCCACAGCCUUCCAUUUCCUGUGGAAAUAAACGCAUAACCUCUUUCCCAAAGUAACAUAUCUUUUGACUUACAUCUUGAAGUUAAGACAUUUUUAAAAUAUAUAAAUUGGUUUAAUUUAGCAGCUUUCAUAAUCUAAUGUGUCUUAGCAGCUGUCACUCCUUCCUCAGCAGUCAAAAAAUUCAAAGACAACACAAUAACUGAAAACAGCAUCCAGACUCUCUGUGUAUCUUCCAUUUUUAUGUGACUUAUAUUUUUUAUUACUCUAUUCCUUUAUUAUGGACUUUACUUUGUUAUUUUAAAACUGUAUUUUUUAA